UCUGCAACUUCACCCUCCUUUCUUAGUUAUCCAAAAAUACCAACCUUUCUUCCCAGUUUCUCUUCCUCCUCUCAUCCUUGCGUGCACCUUUCAGGGUUGAUGAAUCAGCGAGCUCCGAAUGGACACUUGAUGAUCUGCCAAGAUCGGUUCUGCUAAUUCUCUGCUCUGGCCAUAUCCUGCUUUCAGCGCCUGUUCAAUGACUAGAACAGGACGAGUCCAAGAGAGCGCCUCCUCUUCCGCUCCUCGGAGCCGCUACCACGUCUUCUUGAGCUUUAGAGGCGAGGACACGCGCCUGACGUUCGUCGACCACCUUUACACGGCUCUCGCCAACGCCGGAUUUCGCACCUUCCGAGACGACGAUGGGAUGGAGAGAGGAGAAAGCAUCAAGCUGGAGCUGCACAGGGCAAUUGAAGAGUCUAAGGUUUCAAUUGUCGUCUUCUCCAGGAACUAUGCUUCUUCCAGCUGGUGCCUCGAUGAGCUCGUGAUGAUCGUCGGAAAACGGAUGAGGGAGAAUUCCGGCCACGUGGUUUUGCCUGUGUUUUAUGACGUGGAUCCAUCCGAGGUUAGGAAACAAAGAGGAGAUUAUGCAGAGGCAUUUGCGAGGCAUGAAGAGCGAUUCCAGGGUGAGUCAAAUGACUGGAAGGAGAAACUGAAGGGGUGGAGGGAAGCACUCGAGGAAGCUGCUAAUUUAGCAGGCAUGGUUCUACAAAAUCAAGCCGAUGGGCACGAGUCAAAGUUUAUCCAAAAAAUUGUCAAAGUCGUUGAAGACAAGCUAAGGCGAACAAUCUUGAAUGUUUCCCCAUAUCCCAUUGGACUUCAUUCUCGUGCGGAACGCAUUCAUUUGUGGUUACAAGAUGAAGGGAGUGAUAUUGGAAUUGUCGCCAUUUGUGGGAUGGGUGGGAUUGGGAAGACAACCAUUGCUAAAUCUGUAUACAACUUAAACUUCUCAAAUUUUGAAGGCAGUAGCUUCUUGGCAGAUAUAAGAGAAGUUUCUGGACAACAAAAUGGUCUAAUACGAUUGCAAAGACAACUUUUUUUGGAUAUCGUAAAGGGAAGAAGGGAAAAAAUAAACAACGUUGAUGAAGGAAUUGUUAAGAUCAAAGAAGCUGUAAGUUCUAAAAGAGUUCUUAUAAUUCUUGAUGAUGUGGAUAAACGGGAGCAAUUGCAUGCAAUCCUUGGGAUGUUGGACUGGCUUUCUCCGGGUAGUAAAAUAAUCAUAACCACUAGACAUGAACGUUUACUAAAAACUCAUGAAGGUUGCAAAGUACACAACGUUGAGUUGUUGGAUCACGAUGAAUCCUUAGAGCUUUUCAGUUGGCAUGCCUUUGGACAAAACUAUCCUAGUGAUGAUUAUUUGGUAGACUCAAAGAAGGCAGUAUCAUACUGCGGAGGGCUUCCAUUAGCCAUUAAAACCUUGGGUUCUUCUCUAUCUGGGAAAAGCAUAGAUGUGUGGAAAAGUCAACUGCAAAAAUUAAAAGAAAUUCCUGACAAUGAAAUCCUUGAAAAACUCAAACUAAGUUAUGACUCUUUACAAGAUGACCAUGACAAAAAUUUAUUUCUUGAUCUAGCUUGCUUCUUUGUUGGAAAGGACAAAGACUCCAUAAUCACAAUCUUGGAUGGAUGUGAUUACUACGCAUUGGUUGGAAUCGAAAAUCUCAUUGACCGAAAUCUUUUGAUAGUUGAUAUGCAUAACAAGCUCGUGAUGCAUCAACUAAUUCAAGAAAUGGGAAGAGAAAUUGUUAGGCAAGAAUCACCUAAGGUGUUGGGAGAACGCAGCAGACUUUGGAAUCACAAGGAUUCAUUUCAUGUAUUGACAGAAAAAACUGGCUCCAAAAAAAUCAUAGGCCUUCUUCUUGAUAUGCAUUUCUUGAAAGAAAAUAAAUAUGGAGGGAACAACUUUGUGCAUCUGAAAGAAAGCAGUUCCAAAAAGCGCAAGAGAUGUCACUUUGAAAUCUUCUCCAGUCUUCUCAAGGGCACUACUAACAAAACUUUGAAUGAAGUAGUUUUCGAAGUUGAUGCAUUUGCAGGGAUGUCCAACCUACAACUUCUACAAAUUAGUGAUGUACAACUCUGUGGAAACUAUAAAAAUUUCCCGAAAGGAUUACGAUGGUUUUAUUGGUCUCACUGUCCUUUACAAUCAACGCCUAAUGAUUUCCCUUUUGACAAGCUAGUUUCUCUUCAGAUGCCUUAUAGUUCCUUGAAAACUGUUUUCAAUGGAGCCAAGUGCCUUGUAGUAUUGAAAAUCCUUGAUCUAAGUCAUUCGCAUAACCUUUAUGAGAUUCCUGAUUUCUCAAUGUUACCCAAUCUCGAGAGACUUGUACUUGAAAAUUGUACAAGGUUGGUUAGGCUUAAUGAAUCAAUUGGACUCCUGCAAAGACUUGUUUUCUUAAACUUAAGGAACUGUCAGAAGUUGAAGAUGCUUCCGAAGACCAUUUGUAGGCUCAAAUCUCUGGCAACACUUGAUAUUUCCGGUUGCAUAAAUAUUAAAGAACUUCCAACAGAGCUGGGGACCAUGGAUUCUUUGACAGUGCUUCUUGCGGAUGGAAUUGCAAUAAAUCAAUACUCUAUCACUCUGGAGGUCCAAGCAUGGAAUUUCUCUGUAUUGACUUGGCCGUUGAAUUUAAGACGUGUUCCAAAAAUUUCAUGGGUUUCUUUUCCCCAGUCGUUGGUAUGUUUAAGUCUUGCAAAAUGCAAUUUAUUUGAUGACACUUUCCCCACGGAAUUUGGCCACUUAUCUUCAUUGCAGAAUCUAGACUUGAGCGAGAAUCCAAUUUGUAGCCUCCCCAAUUGCGUCAAGGAUCUUCCUAAUCUCCAGGUUCUGCGAUUAGCAGGAUGCCCAUGGCUUCAGUCACUUAAUGGGCUCCAGAAAAAUUUAAAAGAAUUAUGUACCAUUUGUAAUUUAUCAUUGGUAAAAAUAAGUUUUGAAUCACUGGACUCCAUUCCAAGCUUACGUUAUGGUGGUUGUACGAAUCUAGUUGAGAUUAUGGGCAUAUUCAAGUUAGAACCCUUAGAAAGUGUUGACACAGAGCUAAUAAAUAAUUUGGGCUUAUGUGACUUUGAAGCUAUGGAUAAACCACCUGUGCAACUUGUUUCAUUCUUGUCUUUAACAAAGAGGGAGAUGCUUCGACUCCAGGGAUUCCACGAACGUCAUACAUUUUACGCUUAUGUGCGAGGAAGCAAUGUUCCUAUGAAGUUUAUUCUUAAGAAUAUAGGAUCCUCAAUAUCUUUUACCAUACCCUCUGAUGUUAAUUUCAGAAUUCAAGGCUUGUCUAUAUGUUCUGUUUAUGCCUUUUCCAGUCCUUGUGCUCCACGUUUUGAGUUGAACUACCGAUUUGCACACAUAAUUAUCAGUAAUGCAACUAGGCAUUUGAAAUGGAGCUAUUGUCCAUGGUUCUUUGCCAUUCCAGGAGCUGAUGAGGACUUGUUGUGGUUAAGUUAUUGGAAGUUUGAGGAUCUGUUAGAAGUUGGUGAUGAGUUGAAUAUUUCGAUUAUUACAAGUCCAGAUUUCCAUGUGAAGGAGGUUGGCGUCCGUCUUGUGUACGAGGAGGCACAGGAAAAUAAGAGCACCCAAUGUGCCAGUUUAGAAGUUGCCCAACAAAUCCAUCCCUAUGAAAUGGUAGUUCCUGGUUGUUGUAAUGGUAAUUGCUUGAAGUGCAAGAAUUAUCCUGUGCCUGCAAAUCCUGCGAGCACUAGAGUCAUUCGUCUUGGCUUUCACAAUGACAAUUGCUGGGGUUGCCCUGAAGGUUAUUUGGUACGCCACCAUGCGGUGAGAAUUUCUUAGUUGUGAGUAAGAAAUUAAUUCACAGAAAAUAAAUGGAGUGAAGAUGUUAUUUUAACCUAGAAUUUGUUUUGACUCUGCCUUCAAUUCCAAACAUCUCACUUAUAGAGCCCAAUAAGCAAUCAGAAUGCCAUUGGUAACACCAUUGCUCGAGUGUUGUUGAUAAUUGUAUUGCAAUUAUAUAUUUGUUUAGAGUUCUUCUUUAUUAAUUGUAGCGGCUUACCCUUGUCUUUAUUGAUUA